CAGGGCCAACAGAUGCUGGCAAACGCCGUUGAAGAAUUCAACCUCCGGGAGACGGCGCCACUCCUCGGCGGCGGCAGGGUCUCCGGGAACGACCGUCUCGGGACGGCGUUUGAUCUCGUCGAACAAAUGCACUAUCUCUACGUCCGGGUUGUGAAGGCCAAGGAGUUGCCGCCCAAGGACGACGACAGUUCCGACGACGGUCCACAACCCUUCGUCGAGGUGAAGAUCGGAAACUUCAAGGAGACGACUCGGCAUUUCGAGAACAAACCCGAUCCCGAGUGGAACCAGGUUUUCUCCAUCCUCAAGGAGCACAUUCAGUCCCCCGUCGUCGAGAUCGCCGUGAGAGAUAAAGACAAAAGCCAAGAAGAUUCCGAUCUGAUCGGAGCCGUCACGUUCGAUGUUCUUGAGGUUCCCACUAGGGUUCCUCCCGACAGUCCCCUGGCCCCGCAAUGGUACCGGUUGGAGAACAACGCGGGAGGGAGAGCGCGUGGCGAGGUGAUGCUGGCCGUCUGGAUCGGAACCCAAGCCGACGAGGCCUUCCCGGAGGCCUGCAGCAUGGAAGUCUCCGCCGCCACCACCGCCGCGGCUCCUCCUCCGACUUCUGUAAGUCUUGCGAAUAUCAAGUCUAAGGUUUACUUGUCCCCCCGGCUAUGGUAUCUGAGAGUAAAUGUCAUUGAGGCCAAGGAGUUACCCUUUGGUGAGAAGAACAGACAAAACCCUGAAAUCUUUGUUAAGGUCUCUCUCGGAAAUGUGGUUUUGAGGACUAAGAUGUCUGUCACUAAGACAGCGAACCCGGUUUGGAACGAGGACUUGAUGUUCGUCGUGGCCGAACCGUUCGACGAGGAACUGGUUGUGUCUGUCGAGGAUAAGGUGGGAGGAAACAAGGAGGAAGUUCUGGGGAAAUGUGUCGUCCCUUUGCAGACGGUGGAGAAGAGGGUGGACUUUAGGGUUCCGACGGGCAGGUGGUGUGCUCUGGAGAAGCUUGCGCCGGUGGGGGAGAACGGGGAGAUGGUGAAUGUGAUCAAAACGAACUGUAGGGUUCAUCUGAGGUUGUCGUUCGAUGGCGGGUACCAUGUUCUCGACGAGUUGACUCAGUACAGUAGCGAUUUCAAGGCCACCGCUAGACAGCUUUCCAAGCCGUCUAUCGGCGUUCUUGAACUCGGGGUCCUGAGCGCUCAGGACUUGGCACCAAUGAAGCAAAAGGAUGGCCGCGGGAGGACGGACUCGUACUGCGUGGCCAAGUACGGGCCCAAGUGGAUCCGUACUCGGACGGUUCUCAACAGUCUGAACCCCAAAUGGAACGAGCAGUACACUUGGGACAUGUUCGAUCCUUGCACUGUCAUCACAAUCGCGGUUUUCGAUAACAACCACUUGCCAGAAGUCGCGACGAAUAACGGAGGAGUCCGGAUCCGGCUUUCUACCCUUGAGACGGAUAGAAUCUACACACAUUCUUACCCUCUCAUUGUCUUGUCCCCAAAUGGGGUGAGGAAGACCGGGGAAAUCCAGCUGGCUGUGCGGUUUUCCUCGGCCUCCCUAUACAACAUGCUUUCGUUGUACGGGAAACCGCUUUUGCCCCCUCUCCACUACCUCCACCCCCUGAGUAGCUAUCAGGUCGAGAGCCUGAGGCACCAGGCCACCCACAUCAUAUCGACGAGGAUGGCCCGAGCCGAGCCACCGCUCAGAAGGGAAGCGGUGGAGUACAUGCUCGACGUGGGGUCGAACAUGUGGAGCGUCAGGAAGAGCAAGGCGAACUACCUCCGGAUCGCCACGCUCCUGUCGAGCGUGGCGUCCGUCUGGGUCAUGUUCGACCGCGUCUGUGCCUGGCACAGUCCUGUCGUCAGCGUGCUGGCCCACGUCUUGUUCUUGAUGUUGGUGUGUUUCCCGCGGCUCAUUCUGAGUUCGGUUUUCCUGUGCCUCUUCGUCUUCGGGGUGUGCAAGUACAGGGGCAGGCCGAAGCACCCGUCCCAGGCGGACAGGGCCCACACGGACGAGCUGGACGAGGAGUUCGACAACUUCCCCAGCUCGAAGAGCGGGGACGUGUUGAAGAUGCGGUACGAUCGUCUGAGGAGCAUCGCGUCGAGGCUGCAGACGCUGGCGGGCGACGUGGCGACGCAGGGGGAGAGGUUCGGGAGCCUGCUGAGCUGGCGUGAUCCUAGGGCCACGAUGGUGUUCCUCGUUUUCUGUCUGGUUGCUUGCGUGGUGUUCUACGUGGUACCUUUCAGGGUUUUUGUUGUGGGGGUGGGGUUUCAUGUGAUGAGGCACCCCAGGUUCAGGGAGAAGAAGAUGCCAGGUGUCGUCAUCAGCUUCUUCCGGAGGCUGCCCGCCAAAUCCGACUCCUUGUUGUGACUCCCUGCAGAUUUAAUUAUUAAUGGUUGUUUAAAAAAAAAUUAUUAAUGGUUUUAUUUGAGUGCUUAUUUUGAGUGUGAACACCUAAAAGCACUUGAGAUGCGUUAAAGUUCACCUAAAAAUGUUUGUGUUUGAAAUGAUAACAAUUCUAAUCUCAUGCAGGGUGUUAUAAAACUAUGUUUUUAUG